AUGGCUGCUCGCAUCGGCGUUGGCACAGCGGGGCAUCUACGCUCUGGGCUCUUCUAUGGGACUUUUGGGAUUCGUUGUGCACGCGUUCAACACUCUGCGCCGCUGAGUACAUGGUCGCAGCUCAAGUUAUCCUCGACCAGCGCACACGACGGACGCGCAAAGCCUCCGUUCUCAUCUCCUUUCAUUUUACCUGCUCGUCGUAUGCAAAUGCGUCACAAGUCCAUCUUCCAACACCGUUGGUUUCACCCAGAAUCCGCCCCAGGCCAGCCGCCAAAGCAGUCGUACCGCGUCUUUUGGACAAUGACGUUUGUGCUGGGAGCUUUCAGCGCUGCAUACAUCAAAUGGAUUGAUCCUUACUUGACACAUCGGGCAGAGAUGGCGGCACUCGCUGAGAAGCAAGCAGCGAGCGCGAGCACCGAGCCAGUAUUUGAUAAAGACAACUUUUUACCAUUUGAAAUCAAGAAGAUAGAGUCAUAUAAUCAUAACACAAAGUUGAUCACGUUUAGCACACCCAAAGGACAAGCUACGAAUCUUCCUGUCGCGAGUGCGCUGUUUGCUCGGCCUGCAGAUGAAGAGGGAGGUCCAAAGGACGACAAAGGCAAUCCCGUUGUCCGCUGGUAUACUCCUGUUUCGGACGCCUCACAACCGGGCGAAUUUACGGUCAUGAUCAAAAAGUACGAUACCGGGAAGCUCACUCCAUAUAUCCAUUCCCUCAGCGUUGGCGACAAACUUGCCUUCAAAGGUCCGAUCAAGAAGUUUGCCUACAAGCAGAAUGAAUUCGAACACGUUGGCCUAAUUGGUGGCGGAUCGGGUAUCACGCCGCUCUACCAGAUCCUUCGCCACGCGCUCAAAGAUCCAAACAACACGACGAAGUUUACCCUCCUCUAUGGAAAUCUGACAGAGGACGAUAUUCUUCUGCGUAAAGAAUUUGAUUCUCUGAAGCAGCAGCACCCGGACACGUUCAAUGUAGUCUACUUUGUCGACAAGAAGAAGACCAAGGACUCCACAGUCCAGAUCGGAUUCAUCACCAAGGAUGCCGUGAUGAAAUAUCUGCCAUCUGCCGCCGAGAAAGGCAACAAAAUCAAGGUCUUUGUCUGCGGACCACCCCCUCAAAUGAAAGCCAUUUCGGGGGCCAAGGCGGGAAUGAAGCAGGGCGAGUUGAGCGGUGCGCUCAAAGAUGCAGGGUUUACAGAAGAACAGGUAUACAAAUUUUAG